AGGCCUCAGGAUCACACGGCAGCUCCUCUGCAGCCCCAGCUCCUCGCUGUGCAUCUGAGCAGGCCAUGGCCAGCCCUCUGUGUGCCCCACUGCUCCUGCUGGCCAUCCUGGCCGUGACCCUGGCCGUGACCCUGGCCAAGACCAUGGCCAAGAGCUCCAAACGUUCGGGCGGCAUCGAGGAAGCAGAUGUCAGUGAUGAGGAAGUGCAGCAGGCGCUGGACUUGCCAUCAGCAAAGACAACGAGGAGAGCAAUGACGUGUACUACAGCCGAGUGCGGCAGGUGUGCGUGCCCGCCAGCAGGAAAAGCUCUGCUCUUUUGAGAUCUACAGUGUUCGCUGGGAGGAUUCAGUGACCUUGGCGAGGUCCAGCUGUGAGAAGGUCUAGGGGUCUGUGCCAGGCUGGGCUGCACCCGGCCCCUCUUCCCCACACUCACAGCUCCCUGUAGUGCUCCCUAGCCCGGGAUGGAGGCCCUGCCCGG